GCUCACAUGAGAAGAGGAAGUGUAGGAGUGAAGAGAGCGUGGAGAGUGUAUAUAGGCAUGCAAGUGCGAAUCAAGGGAAGGGCUUGUAGGAAAGAAGGAAACAGAAGUCAGGUGCUUCUUCUUCUUGGCUGUGAUACACUACCCACUAACCCAAACUCUCACACACUGAAGGAACUACUCCCUGAGCCUUUGCUGACACACACUCUUAACGUAUGUGUGUGUUUCCUGCGCUGGCAGCGACAGAGGGGAUCUCUGAGGAUACACGGAUGAGAAAGAGGUGUGGGGGAGCGCGAGGAAGAGGAGCCCGAGUGUGUUUCGCCCUGGGGGGAGCUCACACACACGCCACAGACUGCACACACACUCCAGCGGGCUCUCGGCACUGUUUCCCUGACAACUAGAAUGGGCUGCAAUUUGUGCACCUUGCAGAAACGGGAGGAACACUACAAACUGCUGUAUGAGAUUGCACAGGUAAGUGGGACCCUUAGAGGAGUAUCAGUGGGAUGAUCCUGUUAAUUACAGGAGUGGAAGUGAUUAUUAUGAUGAUGAUGCAUGAUUUGGCUUCUGAUGGUGAUUGCUUGUCUAGGGAAAGGGAAGGAAAGGUGUGUAUGUGUGAGGAAGAGUGACAAAAAAGUGCAGGAAAAGUUAGAAAAUGGCAACAUAAAGGUUGAGCAUAGAAACCAGGAGGAAAGUGAGGAAGGAACAUGAGAAAAAUGCAUGAAAAAAAGGAGUAACUUCCAGGCAGAGAGCCAGCCUGUGUGCAUGUGUGUAUUUCUCCUUCCAUCAAAGUGAGAGGAGCUAGUUAUUUCUCUUCAGCAGCAAGAGAUGUGAGAACAAGUUCAGCUCUUUUUCCCGCGCUGGCUCCAGGGGAAUUCAUCACAUCUCCUUAGCCUGCGACUGUCUAGAAGAAACACAGUUCAAAGAAGAAGCAGUAAAUGUGAUCUGCUGUUUUUUCUCCCCUUGUUUGUCAGAGUUGGACUUCUGUUUUUUUUCUUACAUUACCCUGAUGUGGCAGUUUUUACACUGAGGCUGUCAUGUUAAAAUGCAAUUUUGAUUCUUUUUAUGCAUAACAUUUCUGCAAUAUGCAUGAGUAUGUCAGAAACAGAAGAAAGGAUAUGCUUGAAAAUGGUCAUUUUUGACAUAAUUUUCUCACUAUGAAACACCUCAGACUCUUAUGUCGCCUCUAUAAAUGAUCUUAUUAGCAUAUUGAGCCGUAAAACACUGAAUAUAUAACUUGCCAUCAUGUACUGGGCUUGGCUUGAAUGUGUUGAUUGGAAAGGAUGUGUGAAUGAGUGUGAAUGCAUGAAAAAAAGACAUCUGAGAGAUGGCGAUGUUUAAGAUGUGUAAUGUUUUGGCUUUAGAAAUGUGUCAGCGGCAUUUUUAACAGUUUGAAUCUGUUAAUGAAAGCUUAAAUUUAAGUAGAGUGCAGCAUAGCAACAUGUUUUAUAAAGCAACACUAGUAUGUGUGUGUGAAGCUGAAACACGUGCGCUGAGUUUUCUCUGUUGAGCAGUGCAGUACAGAUGAAUAUAAGCCCAACAGCCUCAAGAGCUCAUUCAUCAUUCAGCAUCCUCCACUGUUACAGACACUUGAUACAGCAUAAUAAGCUGGCAGUCCUGUUGAAUACUUUGCAUGGUAGUUCAACAACAUGCAGAUCUAAUAAAAUGUGAAGGAGCCCGGAAAUAUGUAUAUUAUUUACACUUUUUGUAAAUUCACUCCUCCUGAAAUAAUUACAGUUUUUAAAAAUCAGAUAUAUUGUGUAAGUGGAGGCGAUAACUGCCUGUUUUUCUGAGCUCUGUAAAAUGUGAGGAGUUCAUUAACUCGUCCUUCCAUCACAGCUAGAUACUGCUUUUUAUGAACGUUACUCACAGUGCUGCGGGCUCGAGCUCAUUACGCCAAAUGUCCCUGGGCUUUAAUGAGAUGGUGAAUGUCUAUGUUGUGGUGCAGUGUGAGAAAAUUAACCAUGUCAGUUAAAGGAAACUCCGGGAGGUCAUGACUCUCUCCGUGUUAUUGAGGGGGAUAAAAAAAACGGGUACGAACAAAGGAAUGAGUUUGUCAACCACAUGAGCAAGCUUAUACUGUCUUGUCAAAUGGAAGUGAAAAUGCUGAUAGAGUUACAGUGAUGGCUGCCAUUACUUGAUGCAAUAACAAGGCAUUUUGAGGAAUAUACUGACAAUAUAAUAUACUUAAAGUUCUGCAAGAAAGUUGAUACCACUCGCAAUAUCAAGAGUCAGCAGCAAGUUAGACUUUCUUGGUAGAAAAGAAGGGGCAGACAGCAGGAAGGAAAAAGCAGGCUGAAAAUAAUAGACAGAAACAGCUAACAUAAGCUCACUUUGGCAUGUCUGUGCCAAAAGAUAUGAAAAUCUCCCCACAAACUACACAAUCUUGUUUAAAAAUGUGCACAAGUUUAAACCUGUGCUGAUCUAGUUAGUGCAAAGAGGGCUCUGAUUGAUUCUAUCGAGGUAUCACAAUAUUUACCUUCAGGCAGCUCUUUGCCUCAUAAUGAAAUGAGUGGACAUCUCCCAUUUAACUCCUCCCAUGUAUCAAGUCUAAAAUGCUCAUUAAAGCUCCUGUGAGGAACUUUCAGUUAGUGGCAUAUUUGGCGCCCCCUGUGGACAAAGCUGUCUUUUCCUAUCUUGUCCUCUACACGCUGUUGGUCAUUUCUAUUAUUUUCUAAUGGGUUGUGGUGCUUCGCUGAGAUGAUUUUUCUGGCUUUAAAAGAAGAGGAUCUUACUCUUAACCAGUUUUUACAUCAGCGACAGAACAGCUACAGUUUUUGUUUUUUGUCAUUUGGACUUAUAAUAGUGUCUGUGUAGAAUUUGGCAGGAGACAAUUAACCUCAUGCUUUCCACCCGUUUCCCCAUAACACUGUAGGUGUCCUGCCACCAUGGCAGACAGCCAAAAAUAUGAUUUGUACGUGUGUGUGUGUGUGUGUGUGUGUGUGUGUGUGUGUGUGUGUGUGUGUGUGUGUGUGUGUGUGUGUGUGUGUGUGUGAGAGAGCACACAGAUUUACUGUUAAAUGCUCUGUGGUGUGUAUCUGACAGUCAGCGAACACCUACAGUUCUCAUUACCGGUGUGAAAGAAAGCGAGAAAGACAGAGUAAGGAGGAGAGAGAGAAAGAAAGAGAGCUCACCAGGCAGUAAGUGUGUCAGCGUGACUUUGUCCCAAAACUGGUGGCUGAGGGGAUUCAGUAAAUCCAGAGAGACUCCUCAACAAUCCCUCUGUCUCUUUCCUCUUUUAUCAUUCCACACUCAUCUCAUCUCCUUCCCUUUUUAAAAAUUUCCCUCUAUAUAACCUUCAUUAGUCCCUCAGUCUUCCUCCCUCUCUCAUUUCACUUUGGCAAAAAGACAAGAGAUUGAGAAAGUGUUUUUGUCGUGUUUUACUUCCAACGGUGCCUCACAAUAAGACUCCACCUGCUCAUUAUAGGAGUGGAAAACCAAGGGCUGCUAAUACAGAUGGUUAAGCUCGGAUUUAACAGGCGCACAAAGGCGCUGGACUUGAGAUUUGGUCAAACUGUUCUCAUUUGUCGCUGAUACUUUGGUUGUAUAUUCAUUCUCCCCCUUUAGAUUGGUUUCCUGUUAGACCAAUGAGAUGCUGAAGUCUGACAGUAAAUGACCUCCAGUUUGCAUUUUAUUCUCUGAUCAAAUUAAGGAGAGGAAGAAUAACAGGCUGUUGUCGAGUCCAGUCUGUGGACCAUUUCCUCAGUCAGCUGGUGGCAUAAUACAUGAAAGCAAUGGAGGCAUUUGGUGGUGCAAAAUUAGAGCAAAAACAAAACAAAACAAAACACACUUUCCAAUGCAGUUGAUGUGGUCUAUUGAUUCUGCCACUUGGUCAAAGUGGAACUGGUGCAAAUCUUUCAAAUCAAUGACUUAGAUGAACUUUGACCCACUGAAUAUUGGCGAACUAUCUUGGCAUAGCUGGUGGCGUGACCAGAUAUUUUCAUGUUAGUGGCUAGUUUGACAGAGAUGCCAAGAUCCAGUCUUAAACGGGAGAUGAUUAACAAGAUCAUCAAAAGCCUGUAUGUUAAAAAAAAAAUGUUGUCGUCUUUAGUUUUAAAAGAAAGUCAAUGGAAUGGUGUCCAAACCCAUCCAUUUGUACGACAAAAGAUAGGAAAAUAAGUUUGCUGUUGAUGGUGCAUGUCAGGGUGAAAUCAUGAUAAAGCACUUUUACAUUUCAUGUCAUAUUCACACAUUCACACCACACCAGAAUCAUAGAAACAAAAAUUCAAACAGUGAUGAACUGUUGUGUUGUCUGUCUUUUGUGGAUGAAUCACUGCCUCUUGUAUAAAAUGGAUUGCAGCUAUUUUAGAGGGAUGGUAAUGAUCCUCCCCCUCUCUUAAAUAGAUAUAUGGUGUCUGGAAACGACCUGCUCAGCACCUUUCAUUUUGAAAAAGUAACGGAGCAUUUCAGAGGCCAAUUCCAGUUUUCAGCCUGCAGGCCUGUCUCAGCGUCACCACCACCUCCACAGCGGCUAUCUCUGUUCACACAGCUGCACUAUUCUGACAGGACUGACCGACCUCAGCUUCCCAGUGGCCAACGAGAGAUUUAUGGCUCUCGUCAGACUAUUUACAUUCAACAUUUCAUUUGUGUGUUUGUGUGUGUCUGUGUGUGUGUGUGUGUGUGUGUGUGUGUGUGUGUGUGUGUGUGGGUGUAUCUCUGCACACUCACACCUCAGGGCUCCAUUCUGGCUGAAGCAAUUGCUAUUCCAUGUAUUUUGCUAGUGGCUGUGUUAAAUUGUCUCCUCAGUCUCUUGCCUCCAGCGCCUGGCUGGACUCACAUGUUUUGUCCUGUUGUAUAUUCCAAAUUCAUCAUUGUUGUCCGACACAAAAAUACAAUAGUUUAUAUCUACAGAAUGUAAAAGUCACUAACUUCUCUGUAUGUAACCCAUUUUCAGUUAAUUCUUAGUAGAACAGAGAGCGGAGCAGUUCAGUGGUUUUUCCAGGUGUAUAAUCAUGAGAUGCGAUUUGAAAGGCGCAGUACGGAACCCCCAAAUGUUUCCUCAGGUAUAGCUUACUAUGCGAGUGUGUUGAUUUUUAAAGCGGCCGAUUCGCCACUCCAUAUGAUCACUCGGACGUACAUUAUAAACAUGCACUAAUCUGCAGUAAACAAAACUCAAAUUUAAAACGUUUUUAUAAUUCGAUGUUACCGAGGUCAACCUUCAGUGUGAGUCUGUUCUCCAGAGACAGAUGCUGUGCCACAUGUCCAGCCUGUUAGACAGCAUGGAGGGGGCGAGACAGAUACCCCUUUACCCCGCCGCCACCUAUGGAGUCCACAGAGGGCCACGCAGAGCAGAGGAAGCUGUGGUCAGACCCACACAGCCGUCACCUCCAUAUGGCCUCUUCAGACCUGGACCACUUCUUUGUCCAGACAGGGAAAUGAAAUAUGUCGGCAGUGCUAUCAGUUAAAUCAGCCAUUUUAUCAACCAGCAGAGAGGUAGCAAAGCCAAAAAGUGGAGCUGGAGCUGAAGUUAUUUUGCAGCUACAGCAUAAUAUCGCUGUUAUCACCUGAUCUAUGAGCACAGCUCUGGUUCUGAAUGCCUCGUCUAUCUCUCCUCUCUGUCCAUCUCUGCCCCUCUGGUGGGAUUUUGAGCUUUUUCAGAAAAUAUCGACUCGAGUGACCUUUGCAUUUUUCCGUGCAUUUUUUUUGGCCUUACUAGUUGUCUUCUUGUCAGUAUGGGUCAUGUGGUUUGACCUUUUCACCUGUGAGUGUAAUUCCACUUGACAAGUCUCUCUACCUCACACACAGACGGACACACUUGGGUAGAAAAAAAAAAAAAGACAACACUGUAAAAAAAAGAAGUUUAUGGUGGCUGUAAGGUGCAAAAUAAUAAGCAGUUUCACCCCCCUAAAAGUGUUAAUUUAGCAUUAUGGAAAUGUUCUCUGCACAGAUCAUCUGGUGUCCUCCAUCAUGGUUAUAGUCGCUCGUUGCAGCGCAGUAUGGUGAUAAUGCUGCAUGAUUUAGAGGUGCAUAUGGCCUCAUUGACAGCACAACGGGUUGCACGUCUUCUGGUUGCCCGCCAAAGGUGGAAAAAGGAAAUGGGAUAUUCUUCAGCAUCAGGUUAAUACAGCUUCCUCUAGUUGUCGUAGACGUAUCAUUGGCAUUGAGUGUGGGAAUAAAUGAAAUAAAAUACAUCCAUGAGGCGUUUUUAAAUCUGCUGUACAUUGGCUAGGUCCUUCUUCUUUAUGUCUGUGAGAGGUCGCACACACCAUUUUCUGUGUGUGUGUUGAGGGGGAUCACAAAGUCAGGGGGAAGACCGGUCCCGGUAUGGAGGAGGGGGGACAGCAACAGUCGCCGUUUCGCUUCACCGGCCAACGAUCUCCCCCUGCGUUGGCUCUGAUAAGCCCAGGAUGAAAGCCCUUUCUGUGGGCAGAGUGACACUCCUCGCCCCCCUCCUCCUCCUCCUGCCUCCUUUGCAGACAAGGCAAAGGAAGCAUCUACACACAACUACACGGCACUGUUAGGAGAUGCCUAUUUGCACAUACUGUGUGCAUUCACACAAGGUCUGUCCAUUCAUCAGCUUUAUGGCGUGUUUUCCUGUUUUAUGACAGCGUAAAAAUGUCAUUCAGGCUCUUGGCACAGAGGACUUAUCAGUUGUUAUCAGCCUUUAGCUGAUUACCAUACUCGCCAAUCGGCCAAGUGGCCUGGUGAAGAUGAUAGAGGUAGUGAAAGGGAAAAAAGGGGAGAUAGUACAGUAGGAAAGCGUGAAGGGAGGGCACCGGAGCGAGAAGACGAGACGUUUGGAGUCGAUAAGUCCUUCUAAAUCCCCCUAUUUUCCUGAUUUCACCUCCCCUCUUUCCAAAACACAAAGUCUCGCCCUCCUCCUUCUCCAUCACAUAUCAGCCACCAGACACUCUUUCCAUCCUGCUCCACUCCACUGCUCCUGUCCGUCUCUCUCUCCUGUUUGUCGCUGUCUCUCUAUCCGACUCAUUAAAGCGCUUUUGCGUGACCCAGCCCUCUGAGGUGCCACAGGCCUCCUCAGUGUGCUGGAGAAACCCUGCAAAGAAAAAUACAGACACUUUCUGUCAUUCAUGUGUCGGAUAGAGACACUAAUUUUGUCUGGUCUCAGUGUGUGUGCUGUCAGCCUGAGACUGUAAUACGGUUUGAAGGCAGCCUUGUGCCAGAAUAACCCAAUAAUACCCCUUAUGGCCUCACGCUGCAGGCUUUGUUUCAUCAGGUUAGACAGAUGUUAGAUCAAACCAUCUGGAGCAGUUAUGGAUCUGUUGCAGGCAUUUGUUGCUACAUGCUGCUGCAAAAGUGCACACAGACACUGGAAAAAGCCCCUCUGGAUAUUUUGAAAAUGCAGAGGAAAAUGCUCCUGACACAACUUUAACACAUGAAAUCCCUAAAAUUAGCAUAAAAAUUCUCUCAGUGGCAUCUUUUGGAAGAAAUCCCUGGCAGCAAAGGUGCAAUUCUCAUUCGAGACCAAAUGUCAGUGAAACUAUUAAAAGUAAACCUCCACAUUUUUUCCACACUUUUUUCCUCUUUACCCAGAAUUCUGCCAUCCUGUAUCAUCAUUUUUAGGACUUUUUUUUAUGAGCAGUCGCCUUGAUACCAACCGCUUGUUUUUUGUAAUGCUACAGAUAUUGUUUUAUGACCAAGAAGAUUGAAAAGGGUGUUGUACCUCCAAUGCCAAGGUUGUUUCCAACCCUAGAGUAUCCCAGGUCCAGGUGGUAUAAGGGGAGAUUAGGUUUCCACACGACGCUGGUGUCCUAUUCCAACUUAACCAACCUGGGUUUGGAGUCAUUAGGCCCAUCAGAGCCUGGCACUGAGUCCACUUACAGAUAGAAUAACACUAAACCAUCUGCAUAGCAGGGGGGGUUAUUACAUUUCGUGCAGGGUGUAACCAUAAGCCUCGUGUUGACGUGGGAAAGGCCCUGAGGAUGGAGGCACAGCGGCUGGGUCUUUGUUGUUGUUGUUGCUGCAAGGGCGUAGAAAUCUACUAGAUUGUCUUAUCAGAGGAGCAGUUGUGGUAAAUCUUGUCAGGCUUUGGACACGUUGGAAUUAUCUUUGUAGAUUUGGAGAGAUCACAGUCUUGUCAAGCAGAGGAAAAGCACUGACUUCUUUUUAUGAACUACCAACAAAAUAGUCAAUCUGUUUCUUGCUGCUCUUGCGGUUGGAUUCCAGCUCCAGUCUAUUGGUGGGUUUGGUGUUUUUCCCAAAACUGCAGAGCACGUCAAAAGAACUGUUGGAGCGCAUAGCCUCCAGACACAUGGGUGUUCAAAGAAAGAAGAAACCUCAAAGAACGGCUUAACACUGCUGCUGUUUGUCAGCAGCUCGUACAAUAUACCAUUUGUCUUAAUCAGACGGUGGUAGAAGUUUGGAUUUGGAACUUUUACAGCUUUUUAUUCAGGCACGAUCAAAAGUUUAACACAACAGUUUAGUCUUGACUUUGCUCCAGAAUAAGUCGGCAAGUAGAAGUUGAAUUAAGUUUGUUUUGUCAGGGGCUGUUUCCAAAGAUUGGAGGGGAGCGUGAAAGAGUGUCGCCUUUACAAAGAGAAAAUGCCACUGGCUGUACUCAAAGCCACUCAAAGUUUCUCAGUUUGCUGGAACAACUAUCCACAAUGACUUUGCCCCUGAGCUUUUCUGUGCAAAAGCAAUACCACUCUUAUUGCUUUAGAAACCCAGAACAGCCUCAAUAAAUCCAUGACAGGUAUUUUAAUGUAAAGUGCUCCCGAGGUUUUACUUUUUCCCAUAGUGACACAUUUCUGUCUUCAUAUAAUGGUCCAAUAAAACUCAGCGUUCAAGGGAGUAACUUCCAUUCUAAAAUAAUAAAACAUAAUCUGCAUGUGAUCAGAUGCAAAAAAAAUGGUGCAGUCUGCAUUUUGGUAGGAACAGGAUUGUGUAGAGUGAACUGGUGAUCAUGCAAAUGAAAACCCCGACAGGGCUUUGCUUCGGGGUCUUGUCUUUCUAGAAGCAUCCAUUCACAAUACAUUAUCUUGUUCACUACCAAGUUAGUAUUGAAUUAGAGGUAAUUUAAAGUAACUGUGAGGAGUUUUUGAUUGGUGAACAGUGACGUUUCUCAAUGAUGUACAGAAACAAAAGACCAUAAACUGCAAGAUUAGCAUUUUCUACAUUGUGUUUUUAAUUCCUGUUUGUGCUGUAAGGGGAUUUAAUCUGAAGGAACAGCCUUUGUUACAUUUUCCACUGCAAACGUUCAAAAUAGUUCAAACUUCCUUUGGUUCUGAGUAACUUUUCUGUGGCGACAUAUUCUCUUAGCCCCUUUUAAUCCAUGCUCGUAGCUGAAACAUUAACCAUCGUAUUUGUUUAAAUUUAUUUUAAACUCAAAUUUUCUGCUCAGACAAGGUGCUCAUGACGACAACAAAAAUACUUAUGACAUAUCUAUUCUUUUCAUUACUCGUGCUUGGUGUGGGGAGACAGUCAAAGAUGUGUUGCUCCUCAGGCUUACUGUUGUUAAUUCCAAACCCUCGGACAAAAACAUCAUUUUUUUCCACAGUGUCAACAGGCAGUGAUACCAGAAUACAGAAUUUGACAGAGGCGGGUAAAAAAAAAAUUGAUCAUUUCUCUUAAAAGACAGAAAAGGUUAGGAAUCGGUCAUGUCUUCUCCAGAUCAUACAACAUUCGUCAGUCAUCACCAUUACAAAAAAGGCUUCAGCGUCUCAUUCUGUUGGGACUUGAACAAAAUUAGGCAUGUGACCCAUUUGGAGAAACAAAUGUUUGAUUUAAAGAGUCAAUCUGUGAGACUGUCUGAAAUUACCCUAAAAUAAGCAGUUACAAACAAGCAUCUGACUGAUAAUACCUCUAUGGUGGGUAUGAUUAGCCAUUCACUCAGUCAUUUUGUAGGCUUGCUCUCAGCUUCCUGUAACUGUGCAUGCAGGCCAAGUCUUGAUUAAGGCGGGUUGAAUGAGGGGUAAAUUGCACCAUCGUGUAUCUCUCACUUAACUAACCAACCGCACUUUUGGAAUGGAGGUAUUUUUCAUCGCAGGAAGAGCUCCUCUCUCCCGCUCACAGUUAGCGGGGUGUGAAGUCGUUUUUCUUCUCCACCAAAGGGCGACCAAGGAAGCUUCACUUUAUGAAUAAUGCUAAUGGGUUAGGUGCUUCCAGUGAGCACAAACAUGCAUCACUUAAAAAUUAGAAAAAAAGGCAAAGAUUUGGUGGGUGGAGGGGGAAAAAAACCUCAAGUUCACACUCUAGGCUUCUUGUAGAGAACUUAAUUUUAUGCAAAAAGCAGCACAUGAAUCUUUUAUUUUACGGCUCUUCAGUAAAAUGUUUUCACUUUACAAGCUUUAGCGAGCUUUGCUAAUUAUGCCCCUGAAUCUGGAGUCGGGUCUUUUUGCCUUUAACCAAAUCUGUGCUCAUGUAAAUAAAAAUGGUCCAUGGACAGACUGCAUAAAAUAAGCGUGCACCUUUUUCCUGGAAUUAACAGUUAAAUCAUGCCAGUGAUUUAUUGUGAAAUAACCGUGGAUUAACACUUUUUUUGGUCCGGUUUUGAAAUAUUUGGUCUCUAUUUUCCAGUCUUUAUUUAAUUUGAAUAAAACAGGAUGUACUUUGGGAUGUUUUUUGUUGCAUUGUGAUGAAUGUUAGAAAAAUUGUUCAAUCAUAAUCAAGCUUUCCUACUUUUCUACACGUGUAUUCAAUCCACAUUUAUUCUGCAGACAACUUUUUCAUCUGUUAGUAUCCUUACUCAGAUGGAUACAUGCUUGUUAAUCCAGCGAAUUUAUAGAAGUAGACAGUUUUUUAUGUGGGAUUGGAUGCAGGCUUGGCGUACUCUCAGAGGCCUCACCAAUGGUUUCUAAAGAGGCUUUUGAUAAGGGUGGUCGCCAUAUUGGAGACGCUGACUGAACUUUCAGUUGAUCAAGUAAAAGUCAAAGAAAUGAGGUUGAGACCGGCCCUUAGGUUCCUAACAAACACCUGCCAGUCAAGCCAGUCCCCUGGUCAUGUCCAAGCAGCAGCCUACGGUCUUGAGAAGUGAAGCUGACGUAGAGGUGCUAAAAAACACAGUUCCCCAAAUCCUAGCUUGGGGCUAACUUAGAGCCAAAUAAGCCUGUUUUUAGAACAAAAUAAACCCAUUUACAGCCCAGGGCUCUCACGGCACUUCACCAAUACUUUGCCCAGAUUAUAACCUUUUUUAAAUUAUACAAUUAAAUGUUUCUGUGAUAUCUUCCAAAUAAGAUUUUCCCAAAUUCAGCCCUGUUUACUGUGUGUAUGGAUGCAGAAAUGACUAUCUGGUCCAAUGUUCAUUUCUGCUUUAAACUUGAGCAUUUUAGCAGAGAGGCCUCCUGGGCAGACUCAAGUGAACACUGGAGGAACUCAUUUUCAGUCCUCCUCUAAAUGGAGAUCUCUGGCACAAAAUUACACCAGGAAUACUGCACUUGUUACUUGGAUCCUAUUGUUGUUGGUUUUUGAUUGCAGAUGGUAUUUCUAGAUGGUUUUAAAAAUGCAGCGUAUCCCAAACUUUGUUAUUUGAGUUAAACAGUAGACAAGACAAGAGGGUAUGCUUGGAAGGAGAGCAUGAGGUGUAGUUUUCCCAUAUAAAGGAGUAAAACAUAACCUCUUUGUGAACUCUACCGUCUGGAUGAAUUAUGUGGGUCUAAUCGGUGACCCCCAAGAGCCUAAUUCAAACUCAUUGCUAGUAUGUGUCAGGGGGCUAGAGGAAGGGGCCGGCUGUAUUGUUCAGCCCAGCUCACUGGCUGUUGUUUUAGUGGCAGAUGAAAGAUUAAUGGCGAUCUAAUGACUGCAGGGAGGACACAGCGCAACAAUAGAGUCCCGUUGUAGCUUAGGCCAAGUACAUUAGUCAGUCAAGACGAGUAUCCGCAUGAAUGCACACACACACAUAGGCAAACAUGCGUAAAAGAUGUACACACAAACACCCUCUGUGAAUCCCCAGACACACAAACAACAUUCAUAAGUACUAUGGCAUGCAGAGUGGAAAUGAAAGUGACUGCAAUUGAUUCGUCAGUAAGAAGUUUUGUAGUCAUUCGCCUCCAGUGCACCCUGUCUCAUCAAAACAAACCACGCUAAUUUUCAACCCGCCAACCCCCCAAUGUGACAAAAGAAGGCUAAUUUAUGCAUUGGCGACGUGUUGUGCGAGGAAUAAGAGCCUGUCAGCGGGGCUGGAUGCUCACUCGUGGAUCUGCAGUAAUUGUGAUUUGGUUGCUAGGAUGUUGAGGGUAACGAAUGUCUUGUUGAUGCAGUUUGUCAUAACCUGAGCCAAACAUGGCUGCUUGAGGACACAUAACCUAUUAGUUAAACACAGCCACGCUGGCCCUGCCAUGAUGCAUGAGCCCACCAGGCAGGCGGUGUUCGUCAUUUUAUGAAAGAAACCGAAGAAAGCUGCCAAGGUACAGUAUGUGGAGUUAGACUGUGGAUAAAAAUAGUCAGUGUGAAGCAAACCUCUUGACUCUCACCAUCUGGAUUUUCAUCCUCUCAUCUGAUUUUUUUCCUCUGGUUACCAGGUUGUGAAGAUGAAAUACUGUCAUUACAGCAUGUCCUGCUGAUUUACUCCCGGUUGUUUUGUAAAUGUGGUGUAUCCGACAAACCAUUAUCAUUUCAGCGCUUCCUGGGUUAUUUGAAACCAACACCAUUAACAAUGAAAAACUGGAGAGAAAUGAGCCAAUAAUCCAAAGUGGGAUCCCAAUUUAGAUUAGCUAAUGUAAAACAUUAAACUGGAAAGUACUGUUGUGCUAAAUAAGCUGUUUUCUCAAAGCUAAUCAAAAACACAGCCAGAUUUAUUUCUCCAUCUUUUUGUCCUCCAUUGUUUUGAAGUUGCUGCACAAUCAAGAAGCGGAAAAAAAAUAAACAAAAAAAAUUCAAUAAAUGAAAGUGUAAUUCCAAACCCACAAAAACAAGACAAAUCAUGUUGCUUUUCCGAGCUUCUGACACUUGGAAGUAUCUGUAUUCAUGAAGCCUAAUUGAAAGGAAGCCCACCCUGCAUAUGGAAGUGCCACAAAGAGCAGGAAAUGAGAUGGGUCUUAAUGCGUUCACUGGCAUAUGAUAACCUUUGAUUUCACUCCACUUACAUCAGAAAUGGCUGCUUGGGAUGACAGUCACAAGUCAACAGACUCUGAUGUGUGCGUGAGUGUCUCUUCCGCUGGUGUCGGUAUGCCGGGGAUGGGGAAUGUUAAGAGCGAGGGAUGGAAAACCCUUGAGAUGAAAACAAAGAAGAGAUAGGUAAAACAGGAAAGGAAAAAGCGUCUGUUUUUAAAGCACUUUGGAAAUAUAGUCUUUUCACAUAAUGAAUCUGAGUGAAAGUGACAAUGAUGGAGUAAAAAGAAGAAAAGCACCUUCAAAGAAAAGGAAAAAUACACCACCUAUGCUUUCCUUCUAUGGAGUGUAAGAAAAGCAUUAAAAAUGAGAAAGCUGUCAACAUUGAUCCUUUGACUAUUUUCAAAAGACGGGGCGUAGGGAGACUGUCCUUUUCCACUGGAUCACUGGUGCAGUAAUGAAAAACUGUAAAUCUGGAUAUAACCUUUUACUUUAGCUCUUCAUAGGGGAUUUGACAGCGUAUGAUCAGCUGUAGCUGCAAAGUCAAUUUUGCUGGAGGACACUCGAGCGGUGCAGAAGCCGACAAGGGGUUAGGAUGCAGGAUAACAAGUUGAAGGACGGUACGCCAGCCUGUUACUUUUAGCACUGAACAGGGACGUGUUGAAGCACUGUUCUCUGCUGCUGCUUUGAAGCAUGCAGCUCUUCUGCUAAAAGUUCAUGCAUUUUUUAACUAUAAAACGCUCCGUCUGAAGUAAACAUCUAAAGGCUAAAACAUUGCCAGCCCUGUGAAGAGAGAUUCCAGGAGAAAACACAGUCUAAUCUACUCGCGCACAGAUACCGUGUGAUGUAGGAGGGAUUAACCUGUGUGAGCUGGUUAGCAUCCUCCUCGACAGCAGCCAUUAAAUCCAUGUUUCAUGUUGUCAUGUGGUCUUCCUCCAUGCAGAACUAAUUGGUUGUUUUUGCCUGUUGUGCAGGAACCCGUGUCUCUGAAAAAAAAUGUGAAGGACACUCCUAACAACUUGUACACAGAUGUCAACAAAGAUGCAAUCAUGUGUGCAGAAGAGCUCAUAAAUACCAGCAGUGUCGAUCUCUAUUUGGUGAAUUAAGGUCCUGAGAUGAGCACUGAGUGAAAUCUCCUUGAACCCGUUGCCAUAGCUUUCCACAGAGACACACACACGCAAACCCGAAGCUUGCCAACACUACUACCAACAGGAGUUCACAUCUCUUGCACCCCCCUCCUGCACUCUCUCUCCAUCUGAUUUGCAUUUUGGUUAACACUCUAAUUGCCUCUCAUUAAAUACCUUGUCACUUUGAUUAAUUGGUGCGAUACAGAAAUGUAAAAUACCAGAGCCUUACGAUGCAUGGGGAGCGGUCGCUGCUUUAGAAGAAGCCAAGCUAAUAAUGCAAAACAGAGUUGGAGUGUGUCUAACUUUCUUUGCACUUUUCAAGUUGAGUCAGGGGUUUUCUUCUCAAAACCCGAGUAAAUUGGCAAUGGUGAGAUACCUGGGGCUCAAACUUAGCAUUUGGCUACCCCCAAAUGGUUGUAAUGAGCAUGACAUUCAAGAUAGUUUACAGCAAAUUGAAAUAAUGGCUCAGUAUAAUGGUCCUCUCCCUGAAGUUUCUCCUUUCUCUGUGUUACACUUGCCUAAAUCAUAAGGUUGUAUCGCUGAAACACUGAGACAUGCUGCUCUUCCAAACUGUUAUCCUCAUCUGUACCUGCAGCUGCUACAGCAAAGUUGGUCAGUGGCCAACACUUAAAGACUUUUGUUGCUCGAACAGCACAGAACGAAUAAAGAUGCUUCUAAAAUUGGGUUCAAAUGCUCAUUAAAAUCUCCCAAGCUAAAUAUAUGUUAAAAUGUAUCAUAUCACAGGAUAACAGCAGUCAUUUACUUCAGAGUUAUUACACUCAGCCUGAAAUUGGCUGUAAUUAUACUGAAUUAUAUAUCUGAGUCCCUCUCAGUCACAUCUAUUUUCUGUCGUCCUUGAAACAGCAGGUGUUGUACAGAGAGUGAAAGCUGAACCCAGAGCUCGCUUGCAUUUUAUUUUAAAGUAUAACCAGUAACAUUAAAGUGUCAAGUUGAGUAAGACAGAAACAAGGAGGCUUGGUUUGUGAGAUAAAAGAUGCAUCUUUUUGAGAAGAUUCAAGAAAAUCAAGGCAUCCUAAAGCUCACAAAUAGAUUUAUAUUACAAGAUAAACAUUUGGAAACUUGCUAAACGUAGUAAUCAAUGCCACGGAUCAGCUCAUUUUUACCAGAAACUUGACAAGAAAACUAACUUCUUUAUUUUGCCUUUGGUCCCUUUUUGACUGUAUUUACAAAUCCUUAAGAACCUAUUUUAUUAAAAUGAACAACAUUGUGGAAAACACAGUUUAAUUGAGGGUAGGGCAGGGCGAUAAAACGAUAACAAUAUGUAUUGAAAAUUAAUUUCCCUCAAUAUCAAUACAAAACAUGGUCAAUAUGCUUUUCAAUAGUCAGCAUUCUGCCACGUUUUGGUCGACUAUACGAAUAGCCAGUGAAAAGGGGGAGUUGCUGCAGGUCCACGCUGCGCUGAACCAAUCGUGCUGAAUUAGAACCAAGUAGCAAACAACUGCGUAGUAGCAGACUGCAACUACACACAAGAAUAGCACUUUAAAACGUGAAGCUGACAACACUCUUAGUGAGAAAAAAAGAAAAUGAGUGCUACUCCUGUCAGAAAUGCAGAUGAAGACUCAACAGAUGAUGACAUCGUCAACGACACUGGCACGAAAACGUUGAUGGUGUGGAGGUAUUUUGGUUUUUUGGUGUCAGACAUGAAGCAGAGUAAUGUGCACUGCAAAUAAUGUUGAGUACAUGUUCUCGCAAAGUCGGUAGUACCGCAAAUCUUUUUCACCACUUGAAGCAGUGCCACGCGGCAGAGCACGUGUAAUGCAGAAGGUUACAAACCCUGAGCGGAGCAAGGAGCUCAUGGCGCCUGUGCAGCUAAAACAGCCGACAUUCCUAUUUCUCUAGCGUUACGCCUUACAACAAAACGUUGAAGAGACACAAAGACCUCACAGAUGCAGUCGCUCAUUGUAUUGCAAAAGACAUGUGACCAAUAAACACUCUUACAUUUCAUUUUUUAUCUCGUGACAUACAGUAUAUCGAUAUUGACUGAUAUGAAAAAAAUAUAUUGUGAUAAACUUUUUCCCAUGUCGCCCAGCCCUAAUUAAGGGGAAAAAUGGCUUAUUGUCUCAUCUCUUCCUUUCUCUAUUGCUAGCUUGUCUAGGGAAGCUUGUCACAAAUGCAUCAACAACACUAUGGUUUUCUCAUCCGGCACAGGUCAAGGGUCAGUUUGAUUCAGGUGACCGAGCUGGGUCAACUAGUUGUGCAACCUGCCGCUCAAAUUUAUGAAACCAUCAGCUUCUUUUUCUUCCACAGCAGGAGGUGAUAUUGCAUGUCGGAGACUUUUAUUAUUGAAAUGAGACAUUUAUGACUCUGAGCCAUUGUCAUAUGAGAGCAGACUCUUGAACCAUCUGAAUACAGGGAAGAGAAAUGAGAUUUGGCAGAUCAUCGAAGCACACACCUGCGCUUCCUCACUAUUCACAGUGCGUCACUUCCAAUGAAUAAAAAAUAAUUUCACUUGUAUUGAGCUGAGUUCACAAAAAUCAUGAUCUGGAGGAUCACAGGAGAAGGUUUGCUUGUGGUUUCAAGUGCUUUGUUUCCUUAGGGGCAGACGAGGUCGCUUUGAAUAGGGGGUCUCUCUGCGGCAGCUUAUUGUUUCCUGGUCCAUUGUUGGCCUAUUCAGUCUGAAAUAUUGCUGUUAUUCAGCUGAUGCAAACAGCGGCAUUGUAGAGCUGUUUUAAGUCUCUGGGGAACUGAUGUAAAGCUUAAGAUGAGAGCGUAUGAGGCUUGUGUGUGUGUCUGCUUCCAUUUCCUCACAAUGACACCAUAUCUGUCAGAUUUAGCUGUGGGGUUGAGUGGUUUCCAUCAUGCUCUUAUCUCUUGCCAGCAAACACAUCCAUUCACAUGUACACACACACAAACAAACUCUUAUCUCUGGGCCUCCCUUAUCGCUCCUGUUUGUAUUCAAAAGUGGAAACAACAUUUAGCCUUCUUAGUGGCCAGCUGAUUACAUCCGCUGACACAUUUAAAGGUUGACAUGUGCCCUCGUAUUUGAGCAUAUUGGAAGCCUUAGGGCCUGACACCGAUUGGCUUUCACUGUGCUACUUUCAACCCCAUCUCGACACAUGUAAUAGCCAUUUCCGCAGCACGGUCUGCUGGUAACCCCCUCAUAGUCAAUCAUGUGUGUAAUUGGUGCAUCACAGGCAGCAAAAUGUUACAUUAUUAGCUGGUAGCUGAGACUUGCUGCUUAAUAUGCAUGACCUUAAAACUGGUGAGUAGAUGUGUCAGGAAGUUGAAUAUUGAAGCUCACUGAAACCUCUACUAAAGGAGAAAUGGUUUUGACGUAAGGUUGUGUGUCACACUGUUUUGAGCUACAAAGGCCAAGUGCACUAAGUUGUGGCCUAUUGUUUCACUCAGACCACUAAAGAUGACUCUUCAGCUGUAGGGGAACUAGCGAGUAAGAACUAGCCGAAUUAUUAGAGGCAACUACGACCAAAGGUUUUGAGUCCAGAAAAAUUCCAUGUAAUAAUGAUGCUGCGUUUGAGUUAACAAAAUCGGAGGCCUAAAAAAAAAUGGCUACAUCUACGAAAGUUAUUUUAGCACUUGCCUUGUAUUCGGACAAGGCAAGUGCUAAAGUUACUUUCGUAGAUGUAGCUAUCUUGUUUCCACGCCCAAUUUUGCUUUUUUCCAACUUGGUAACUGAAACGCUGGGAACUCAGGUGUGACGUCAUUUUCAGCUCCAACAUCUGACUUCUGAACGCAGCAUUAAUCUCCUUUUUGUGGAUACUGUAUUUGCCCCCCUUGUGAUACUUUAACAUUUUAUAUGUUACAAGGGGAGUAAAAAGUCAGUCUUUAAAUCAGAAAUUUGACACCACCAAAAACAAGAUCACAAAGUCUGUGUUGACAAAUUGGUUUGCUGAGUGUGGAUUACAUCAGCAGAUCUAAUGUCCUUCCUACAGCUACAAGAUACUAUCCGCCAACUGCGCUUGUCAUCAUCUGGAUAGCAAAGCAGAACAGCAUUAUAACACUAAGAAAGUGGCCAUCAGCUGUGAUGAAGAGUGGGCAAAGUGGUGUGUUGCUGCACCAUGGAUUAGAUACAACAUAUGAUGGGCAUUUCAGGUCCACAAUUAUGAAAAUAUUAAUGAUACGUUUAAGCCACAAGUAGUUCUGCCAUGAGCAAGGCUGAUGAUCUGUUGUUGAUUAAAGUCAAACAGAAAACCAAUAUCAGUACAGUUUCCAGUGUAUGUUGGACUCUGGGGGAUGAGGAUAGGGGGGUACGCUUUGUAACUUGGAGUAAUUAAAUGGAAAGGAUCUUAAGGUGCCGCCAGGAGAAGAGGGGUCUCCAUUUUGGCUGUCUCGGAAAGUAGAUCAUGCUGAUUGACUAUGAACUCCUUCAGGCGUUGGGUUGGUUUGCAGCCAGAUAUGAAGUGGAUAGCAUUAGCGUAACAUCUCUACACUAACAGCCAUGGGCCUCUGAUGGAAAAUAAAGGAUUGCAGCCCCAAGCAAGGGGUGAUCUUUACCAGGAGGACAAGUAUCUGGGGUCUUUUUUGACAGACUGUGAGGUUGAAAAGAAGAUGCAGCAUUAGCAGCGUUGCCAGCAUUGUACCAGAGUGUUGUGGUGAAAAGGGAGCUGAGACUGAGGGAAAGGCUAUUGAUUCAGCAGUUGAUCCAUGUUCUAACCCCUCACCUGUGGUCAUGAGCUUCGGGCAGUCACCAGAGGAAUGAGAUCGAAAGGAGAGCAGAGCUAAAAGGAGUUUCCUCCAAAGGGUGGCUGGGCUCAGCCUCGGAGAUGUGAUGAAGAAGCUUAGACAUUCGGUGGAAGCUCAGUGUAGAACUGCAACUCCAUCGCAGUGAAAGAUGCCUGUUGAGGUGGUACAGGAACUAAGUCCUGGGCGCAUGAACAUGUCCAACCAGGAGAAGACACCAGGAAGAUCCAGAGCUGGAAUGAGUCUGCCCAGCCUGGGAACACUUAGUAAUCCUGGAGGAUGAGGGAACAAGUUGCUGAGAAAAGGGAUUUCUGACCUGAUAAGAAGAAAAUGUCAUUUUCAGUGUGGCCGUUGAGCGAUAAUGUCACUGUGCACUCACUGAACACACAAAAUGGAAACAUAAUGGCACAUAUAAGCAACGAUAUCUUGUAUCCCUCCUUACUAUAGACACCUCUUUGAACCUUGACCUUUAGGGAGACUGUUUGGACAGACAGGAAGCUUUGGUGUGGGACUACUGGGAACCAUUUUUAUUGGCAAAGAUAACCUUUAACUUGAGAGGUAUAUGAAGGCUGCUCUGGAGUGUUGGUUCAUUACAGCCAUCCCUAUGGAGUGCAGGGAAGUGCCGACUUUUUUUAGUGUUCUCGUGGAGCUUUCAGGGUUAUAUCAGAUGAUGUAAUGAGCUGAUAUUGUCCCUGGCAGCUUGGUCACAGGAGCACGAAGGAGUAAUAAGAAAAGGAACUUGUAAUCAAAAUGGAAUUACUGCUUGAGAUCGACAGAAUCCACUCACCUAUGUCCAAGUCAAGGUGUCACACCUGAACGUAUUGCUGCCAUGCAUUUACACACAUAUAAACAGUCAGAAGGUAGGCGUGCUUCAGGUAAAUACAAAUCCCACUGGUGGAUGAGUCUUUGCAAGAGCAAGCGAAAACAACAUUAGGGAACAGCACAGAAAAUUACAGUGUUUCCAUGAAUCAAAAAUGGAAAAACAUGAUGGAUUGCACUCCUACUGAAAUUUCAGCACAGAUUUAACAUGUUAAAAUAAGGAAAUGCAACACAAAGUAGGUAGUUAGGAUGAAUGUGCUAAUUUAGUAACAUUUCCCUAAUCCACAUCGCAGUCGUCUAAAAGCUUUAAACCCCUUCUCCAACUUGUCUGCUCCUCUUUAUCUACUCAUUUGUGGUUCAAUUAUCCCAUAAUGCUUUGUUAAGUCAGUGUAUAUGAUGUACUAAACACACUCACACACACACAUACACAAAACCUGCUCGUUCUGAGCCAUUAUCCACAGUCUUUGUCACAUCUGCUAGCUAUUAAUCAGCCCCCAGUUAGCUCAUCAACAGGCAGAUUGAAUAGAGGAACAACAGCAGGUAAACAUACUGGCAGGUGUAACGGCGCAAUCACUCCCCACCUCGGAGAGCAAUCCCUCUGAUUGAGGAUUAAUGUGUCCAUCUGGACCUCAUUACAACUUCAAAAUGUUGUAGAACUUUGUGUUUGCUUUCUCUGACGUGCACAAAGGUUAAAGCAGGAUGGCAAAAUAAAGUUAAUGUGUUUGGAGGACAAUUUUUAUGUCGCACUGAAAACUGUCAAGAUGAUAAAGGUCAUGGGUUUAACGCAGCCGUGGGUUAGUUAGCUGCAGAUGGGCGCGGGGUAUUUACAACACUUUUAUAACUCAUUAAAACUCGCAAAAAAAAGGAAUGGUUAUUGUUUGAAUGUCUGAUCAACCACUGAAACAAGAAGUGUGAAAAAAGUGUGUUUCCUCAUUAUGUUUCAAAGUUGUUCUCUCAAUAAUGAUGUUGACAUUCAGCAUAUGCGUCCGCAGAUCCGCAUACUGACAUGUCCAGGCAUCCAAAAGUCAAUGCCAGUGAUUAUUUCUGGAUGUGUCAAGCUGAAGAGAGAAGUGAGCAUACUGGGGUUAAACUGACUUUGUGUUAGAGAGUAAGUCUGCACUGCAGCCGUGUGGGUUUCCACACCGACAGCUGUCAGUAUGAUGUCUCUUCUUCUUUGACUCCCUUGAGGUUUAACCUUUUCCUAUCCUCCAAAUUAAGCAGGUUCUACUUGCGAGAAAUGUUUCUCCCAGCGGAGCAUCCCAUACUGCUACUCCCUCCUCUGCCAUUUGCCAGUAAACGUAUUUUUUGUAAUCUAAAGGCUAAUGGGCAUAAUGGUGAAGGCUGCGAUGUAAAUAAUGCAUUUAAAGUAAGACUGAUUUGAAUGUUGGUGUAAACAGAAUGAGAUAAAAUGUGCUUAUCAAGUAGUUUUUUUCCUCCUUCAGCUAUCCAGCACAUUACUCACCCUCUGUGAAUUCUGCACAAGCCUUAAGGUUAAAGAAGCGCAUUUGUGAAAAGCUGGUCAGCAGUAAAAGUGUCUGGGAAAGUGUACUGUGUAGGUGAAAACAAAGGGAGAAUAUGUAAUGCACUCCGUCAAGAGUUACCGCCAAAGUGCCCUUUAAAAAAGCACUUAACUUCUGUUGCUUUGGCAGAAACUGCUCUGUGCAUUACUGUGGAGAUGUGUUCGGUAUUGCAAGUCUCUCAGGUGUGAAUGUGAAACAGUUUGUUGCUGAAAAGAGCAUGCACGUUUGCUGAAUUGUCCUUGGGUAAAUGAGGGUUAAAAAAACAGAAUUGAGUGUUUAAUAAGUGUGCAAGGUCUCCUUUCAUUUUCUAUCUGCAGUAUAUUUUACCAUUGAUGGGGUGGUUUGCAUUUUCUUUCAAUAUUUUUAGAUAAAGAUGACAUAGUGAUCCAGUCUCUUUUUCUUCCAGGUAAAUGCAAGAGACUUCUCCAAGGGCGACCACGAUGAAGCAGUGGUCGAGGCCAUCAGGCGAGACCCUAUUGUUGUCCAGGUCCUACGGCGGACACCGACCAGAGCUGCAGCUGCUGUCGCACACAACCACAGCGGAGCGGCAGAGGAUGUGUGCGUGGUGGAUGUUUGCACGCAGACAGACAUCACCUUCGAGCACAUCAUGGCGCUGGCCAAGCUUCGGCCCGCGACUCCACCUGUCCCUGAUAUCUGUCCCUUCCUUCUGUCCGACAGGUGAGGGCAUCAUUAAAUGUGGAGUUGUAGCCAAUGCAGAAAAAGAGCAAACAUUAUUAUCUCAUAUUCUUAAGACAAUAGUUUUGUCCAAUCCAAUUAAACGUAAAGCUUCCUGAGGUUUUUCCAUUAUUUCCUUUCAAAGUAUUUAUAAAGCAGUUUUAUCAGCGUGGACACCCCCAGCAUAGCUGAGCUCUUUGAUCCUGCGAUAUCAUUAUGCAGAACCAAACCUGCUUGCAAUAAUUGCUUUUGUGUGCUACAUCCAUUUUCUUUAAUGGGAGCUUUUGCUGGGCGAUUAAAAGCCAAUGGGCUGAUAGAGCGGGCAUUCUGGCGCUCCCUUCAUUCUCUGCCAAUUUAUAGGGCUUUGCUCAGGAACUGAUGAAAUCAAUUUGUCCUAUAAAGCUACAAAUCUGCCGGUCUUGGUCAAUGAUCAUGGCGAGGCUGUUAUCAUGAUGACAAUCCACAGAGGUCAUGGCUCAAAUUAGACGGAUGGCUGUUGUCUGUGAUACUUGUUCAGACUUUAGUGGCAAAGAGCCAUUUAAAACCCUGAAGACGAGCGAACCAUUUUGAAGGGUUUGCUAUGAUGAAUGAUAAAGAUCAUUUUUAUCUUUUCUUCAGAUUUUCUCAAAGUCCUUGAACUAAACAUCCUCAGAGUGCCAAAGCUUUUCAAAACUGUGUUGCCUUAAAUAAAUGAUAGAUGAAAUCGAGACAUUAGGUUGUCUGCAUGAAAGUGUGUGUAAGAAUUAUCUUUAACAACACUGUUUAUUUUGUCUCUCUAGCUGUCACUCCAUACACACCAUGGAGCAUGAGUAUUAUGAAUGUCCGGAGUAUCUUUCCAACACCCCUGCGGAGGUGGAGAGGACAGAAGAAUAUGUAUAUGAGGUACUGUUUUGCAUCUUUCUGCUCUCUUCUGUGUUUAUCUUGGAGCUCCUGUGAGGAGUUCACGUGUGCAUUUGUAAGAGGGCUUUCCUUGAACAAAAUCUCACACUGUUUAACACAAAGCUGCAGAAAUCUCUGCCAUGAAAAAGUGCAGGGAGGUUGUUUCAGUAGCAUGAGGUUAAAAAGCUACUGAGAACAGCCGAUUUUUUACCUUUUGUCUGACAUCCAACUUAUCCACAACUUGUCGAAAACAGAAUAACAACAAGAUCAGUAAGAAACUGGGUCAAGUUCUCCAAGCACUACUACUACCUAAAAAAUCUGCAGCACUUGGACAGGCAAGAGUUUUAAUGCUUUUAUCCCCUUCACCGUUCCUAACUGUUGUGUGUCCAGGAAAUACACCAAACAUCCAAAAAAUAAUGAACAAAGACAUAAAAUGUAAUAGACUUAGUCCUUUCUACUGUUGGUUUGACCAUUUUCAGGCUGGAGCUGAAUUGGAUAUUUUGAAAAGACUCUUUAAAGCUCUUGCAGGCCAAGAAAUAGACUAAAGGUAAUAUUGAUGUCUAAACAUGCCUACACAAACAUUAUUAACAAAACAAGGUGACAACAUUGACGAAAUACUGCUUUGUCCACAGGGGCGCCACAAUAACAUCAAAUUUAAUAGGAGUUUUAAUGAGAAAUACACUGUUGGAUAUAUUCAAUCCAAAUCAGAUUUAAAUGUAAGAUUUCUCGUCAAAUACAGAUGCAAAUUAGUGAAGCUAUUUCAAGCAAAAGAUUUCCUAUCGCUUUUAUAAUCAACAAGGUUUUUCUUUUCCAUUUGUGCAGUAAGUCCAAGGACACUUCCCUGUUAGUAAACCACAACCCCAUGAGAUAUCCCAAGGCCAAACCAACAUAUGAUGGUUAUAAGUCCCUCAGUAACACAAGAAAAACUGUCCUCCACUCAGAAAAACAGUUACCUCUUGUGAAAGCUGUACCUACUGUAUAGAUUGUUUUUUUCCAGAAGUCCCUGGGUUUAAGAGGAAAGACUAUUCUUCAUAUAAUGAAACCAAAGAAACCCUUCCAAAUGGCCUCCCUGUUGUAUUCUCGGUGUGUUUCAUUCACAGGCCAGUAGCUUCCCUUUCAUCAUGCACUGUCCUUCAGAAAUGCUCGCUUCCCUAUUCAGACAGCCACUUCAAGCUGCACAGAGCAUGGGAGUUUAUUAUCUUGUAAAAAGAAGACCCUCCUUGGUAAGGAAAUGAAUUUAGUAGAGUUUUCCAGCCACAGCCAACAAAAACAUUGUUAAAUAGCAGUUUCAAGGUCUGUUUUUCUAUCAUUUUAUUAAUUAAUCACCCCGGUCAUUGUCAGUAUUCGGAUGAAGCUGGUCUGAGCUGUCUGUUUAUAGAAUUCGUUCAAUUAUCUCUAAAAUUUGGAGUAUCAAGGCCGGUUUAAAGUAGCCAGCACUCAAAAUACACCAACGGAUUGAAAAAUAAAUUGGCAGUACUGGAGUUUAUGACAGUAAUUAUCAUGUAAUGCUAAUUAAGGAGAGCACAAGUUGUUUUUACAACAACUGAUGUAGAACUUCAUGCGCCUUUCUUUGACUCUGUGUUUUUAAAAUUUACAAUUUUACAGUGUCCCUAAUUAGAUACUUACAAAUAUAUUAGCCGAAAGACAUAUUUACAAAGUCCAUGUAUGUCUAACCUGAAUCCAACGACAUCCUAACAGUUCUAAUGCUAACACAGUCAUGAAAGGCAGGUUGAACAUUUGUCUUGUAUGCAAAAGAGAGGUUAAUAUUUAUGAAUCAGCUCUUGUAUGAUUUGGAGUUUAUACUUCCGGUGUAAAAUUAAUUUAAGGUCAAACACACAGUAACAGCAAGUUAGACACCCCGUUGAGAGAUGAAUGUUGCCGACUGCUUGCUUCUCUAGUUAUACCAACACUGCUGCUUGUUUGUACAGAGACCUCAGACGAGUCCAUCACCGACUGCUGCGGGGUGACACAGCUCAAGGAAGAACAUUUAUGAUCAUUUCUUCAUUGAAAUGCAAUCAGACCGAGACGCUAAGGCAGAAGAACUACCACGUCUGCAGUGUGAAAUGAUUUAUAUGGUAAUUAUUACUGAAAGGGAAUGGUAAGGUAAUGAUGAUAAUUGUUCUUCCUUGAGCUGUGUCACCCCGCAGCAGUCUGUAAUGGACUGACCUGAGGUCUCGCUACCAACAAGCAGCUGCUGGAAGGAAGUAGGUGAGUUGUGUUUAGUCUCUUUGCUAAAGAAAUUGGGCAAAGUUAAAAAGAUGUUUGGUGGCUAGUGCUGUGGCUGGGACCCUAUAUGUACUGUUGAUGAAGUUAGGUGCUGUUCUGAGCAUUAUUUGUGGCCUUUUUGUUGAGGUUUGUUUGUGGCUCCUCAGACCACCACCAACUAAAGUUAGAAUAACUAGAGAAGCAAGCGGUUGGCAAUAUUCAUCUUUCGAUGGGGUUGUCUAACUUGGUGUUAUGGUGUGUUUGACCCAAAUUUAAUUUUACGCCAGAAUAUCCCUAUAACACAUUUAUGAGGUUAUGAGCUAAAAUAUGUUCAAUCUGUUGAUUGCACUUGGGGUUAAAAAAGGAGAAUAAGCCUGCACGAUGAACUCUCCUGGGAUCACGAAUGGUUAUCAAAAUCUAGCUCUUUGAAUUUGAUCUGCUUUUUAAUUCAUACUUUUUCAUAAUGUCUUGUAUGGUCUGUCAAUGGUCUGUGUCCACAAGUGUCUCCAUUGUGACAGAUACAUCACACCACUCAGACCGUGGACCUCCAGGCCACACUAGGUGACAGUGAUUGGUAAUGUUUGCUACUGUCAGUGCUCCCUCUCUAGUUUAAUAGGCACUUCCUGGUUCAGUGAACUGCAUUGUGGGUCAUUAGGAUUCCUCUGCUGCCAGCUGUGGCCUUAUACGUUACAGCGUCAUGUGGAUGAAAGAGUCUCCGUUGUGUGGUGGUGGUGUAUGAGUGUGUAAGUGUGUGUGUGUGUAGUGAUAGUAGUAGUAUGAGAACAGGGUGGGAUUUACAAAGCUAACACACAACCUGUCAAACCACCACCCCCCACCUGCCAGAUGUACACACACCAAAUCAGGCAUCCUCACUUACCUCUGUCCAUCCAUGUGUGUCUAACUGAAACAUGAAUGGCUUUCCUCUCAGAUGAGACAGAAUAGGACUGCCUUUUCCAGGAACGUUACUUCUGACAGGUUUGGCUUCACUUUCAUCUGAUUGUCUGCACAGGUAUUACUGCUGUCAUGUUAUUCCAGCUACUUCCUUCAAACCUACCAGUUCAUAAUAAUGCCAAUAUCUCAAAGCAGAUGUAAAAAAAAGGGGAACAAAAUAUAUGGAUGCUUUGUUCCCUGAGAGGAAGAUAUUAAGUUUACCCUGCUAUCAUGUCAAGAGUUGAAUCUUCCUGAGGAUAUGAAUAUUUUCAAUCCAAACAAAGAAACAUUUGAAGGAAUGCAUGGCAGCAGAUUUUAAUAAAAGCUCAGUUAGGGCACCAGAUUACAGACACAGUUAAUGAAAUGGCUACAGAGACUAGCCAGAUAGCUGUUUGCCAAAUUAGUCAAAACAAUCACGUUUUAAUUAUGGAUUGACAGCGGGUGCCAAACAUCAGAAGCUGGGUUUUCAAAAUCCUCCAAAACCAGGGAAAGUAUUGGUAUGCAAGGGAUGAAACAAGAACAAAGUCUUAUUGAGCUUUUUAUAUGCAGAUUUAUUAUGAAAGUACGAAGCAGGAAGACGUUUUAUCACCGUCUAUUGAUCAAGCAGUGACCAAAUGAAAAGUAAGACAAAGAAGUUGAUGAAAAAUGUUCAUUUUCACGAACAAAUGCGUGUUGGCACUAAACCUCGCCAUCCUGUGAUCACAACAAGACGCUGCUCGGUGUUGGAAAGUCUUUACUUCUUAUGCAUAGAUAAGGUUUCCCCUAAAAUCAAUAAUCUUUAACCCAAUCAAGAUAAACCUCAUGGUUGGAUCUUUUGUCACCCUGCCUGCCACCGUUAAGUGGUUUGUAUAGAGGCUGUCAAUGGCCAUUUCCCAUAAUGUAGCUAAUUGGUUUGCACUUAAGCAGAUGCAAAAACAACAAUAAGGAGACAUUUGUCAUUUAAAAUGAUUUGUAAAUCUUUAGUGGUUAAAUAAUCACCACUUCACGAUCAAGCCUGUGGUCAUAAACAGUGACACAUGAAAGGACAUCAUCAUCUGCAAAAAUGGAAACAAUGAGCCAGUGAACAUUAGGGACAGCAUCAUUUCUUUCCAAUGAAACAUGAAGUUAUCGUUAAUUGCUUUCUAGAAUGAAACACCACCAACAGAUGGUUAAUGUGGAUCCAUAAGACAGAGUGUCAUCGUCGUAGAUUUCAAUUCUGUUUACCUUGGUAGCGUGUGGUAAAUGUGAUCCAUCCCUCUGAAAAUUAGGAGAUCAAACAGAAAAUCAAGAUAAAUUUUAGUUAAAGUAGACAGGAUCUGAGGAAGUGCCAGUUUUUGGGAGUUAUCUUAAAUGUAAACUCUACACCUCCCAACCAGUUUUCCCCUCUCUGCUCCAGCAAGCCCUGCCCACAAACAGACGCUCCUGCUCGCUCGUAUCGUUUCAAUUAAAUUCAGAUAUAAUGCAGAUAUUUACUUUAGAUAAUUACAAAUGGGGCCCAGUCAAUGAGAAAGUAAAAAGCAUUGAUGCUACUGUAGAUGCCAACAGACGACCAGCAAACACAAGGUUUGCAGAACUUCUACGAAUUGAAUUAAGUGACAUACUUAAGGACCUGAGGUAAAUGGUUUAGCGGUGCUACAACACGCAUCAGGUCCCGUUUGACAAGAAACCCUUCUGUUACAGACACUUGGCUUAAUUUGUUGAAGCCGUUUACCUGUCCAGUAGAAAGGUUACAGGGUCCGUAAGAUCUGGAAAAGUCCCUCAUCGUUUAUGCUGAUGUUGACCCGGCUUUUUGGUUCUUGUCCGGUCUACCUCCUUUUUAAGCGCCCGUUAUUCUGCCAGAGUCUCCAGUAUUUAUUUCGCGUUCUUGCUUGUGUUGGCAGCCGUGGCUAAAGGAGGAUUCAGACAAUUUUCUGUACUUUCUGGUCAGUUUCUACUGUCCGAUAUUGUGGCACACUAACUUUGUUUGGGCUCGUGAAUGACACCGGGGAGCAGCGUCUGCCUCACAACCAAUCAGGUUAGGGGAGGCGGAGAACGGCUUUGUUUACAGUCAGAAAGAGCGGGCCACUCAAAAAAUGUAAAAUGUUGACUACACAGACAUAAUAAAACACAGCGAUAUGGCUAUAUUACCAAAUGUCAUCAAUAACUAAUAGCUAUUGACUGAUAUUUAAAGCUUUUUUGCAUAUACACCACAAAAAAGAUGCUUCUUUAACAGAUUCCGGCCUACCCCACCGUUAAUGUCUAGAUGUAUUAUAACCAACAUGAAACUGAUUCACACAUCAGAAUCUAAUCAUCACUAAUUGAGCUUUUCUAUCUGUUUAGCUUUAUGAGGCUAAUGCCAGUGGGCUUCAAAGCACAGUACACCCCAGUGAAACAAAGCACACAACAAGUUCACUCAUAGCAUCAGAGCCAUGUGAUCCCAUUGCCACAUUUUGUGUUAAUCAGAAAUUGUACUCAACUACAGAGGAGUGAAGGGUGAUAUGAUAUUAUAAACUCCUAACACACCCCAGCCUUUGAAGGUCAGGGCUGUCUGCACAGGGGGUUAAAUGCCACAGAAAUUAAUUACUUCCCCUGUCAAUCUCAGCUAUCAGGGUUUCCCAUGACAGCAAAAACUGGGGGUUGGGGUUUAAUUCCUGCUCCCUUGCUCUGAUCCCCCUUUACACCCCGUUCCCCUCCUCUCACAGCUUCACCACGCUGAAGUGAAUGUGGCAGCACAGGGUUAAUAAAGAUUAACCCCAGAGUUAUCUUUAUUUGAUUACCUUUAUACACAGAGGAGAUCAAAAGCAGCCAGUAGCUAGUCAGGGUGAAAUCCAGAGGCAUUUCCUUUAGGGGAGGGUCUGCCAAUGAAAUACCAUCACUGUACUCAUCAAAGAGCCCCCCAGUGUGUUACCACAUGCUGGUUUUGGUGUAAUACCAGUAGGCACACAUUUCAUUUAUAUACACAACACAUGCUGGGAUCAUGUUUCUAAGCAUUUGUACAAUUUAAUGGAGCAACAUGUCAGACUGUGUUGGUUUAUUAGUGGACUGAGAACCAAGAUGGUAACUCCUCACGGAUCAGCUACUCACAUUAUUUUACAGAAGGCGAGUCUUAUUCUCUGUCUGUAUCAAGCUCAAAUGGCAUGAAUGUCAUCUAUCAAUAACAGACGUUUGGUUGGUUUUAGUCCUUGACUAACUUUUAUCAAUAUGCCCCAUGUCCCACAAGGCACAUCAAGACACUGGACCUCUAUAAUGGGGCAGUUAAAAGAGCAUAUUAAUCUUUUCCCAUGCCCUCUUAUAGAUCUGCAGACCAUAAUUGUGUACUCUUUCUUCCCACAUAUCUUAAAGAGGAGUAAGACACAGACCAAAGACAUUAAAACCUCAUCUGAGGUUUCAGUGGCCUCAGAUGUUGCCUGUUCGCACGUUACCUUCUGUGAAGAUAUGAUUGUUCCCUCUAAAACAGAUUAAGAUCUCCUAAAAACAGAUGAUGUCCAGGGAUGUUACAGUGAUUUCUUUUUGAAUGGGUAAGGUUUCUGAAAUUAUUGCAGACAAAAAGAAGGUGAAAAUGGAAAUCAUGAAGGCUAAACAGAAAUAUAAAACUAAAUUAGAGAGCAAACUGGCUGAGAAUAACCUUGCAUCAGAUGUGGUUCAGCAUUAAAAUAAUAGCAGGUACAAAUAUAAGUGUAAACUGAACUAAGAUUAAUCUGGAAUGCUUUACAUCAGAUAGUACAGCUUGUUUUAUUUGUUUGACUUCAGAGACAGAACAGAAGAAGUAAAAUGUAAAUUUAAUGACAGUCAGCACCCAGGCCCAGACCACAUCAGUGGAAGAUUACUGAAGUCAUGCUCAAGUCAAUUAAGUUUUAUCUGUUCUUAUAUUUUCAAUAUGUCCUCGUGUUUUCAACGUGUUUCUGACCUGUGGAAGCAGGCUGUGAUCAUUCCUGUCCCUAAAAACAGCAGCCUGAAAGCUUUUAAUGAUUUUAGACCAGUUGUCCUUAAAUCUAUUGUGAUAAAAAGCUUGUAAAGAAGAGGAGGCACUCGACCCUUUACAGUCUGCAUAUAGGGCUCAUAGAGGAGUAAAGGAUGCAACAUUAACUUUUUUACUAAACAUCUCGAUGGUAGCAGAACCCAUGCCUGACUGCUGUUUUGGAUUUUUUUUUUUUUUUUUUGGAACAGUUGUUGUCUAGAGCACUUUACCAUGACUUGGUUUUAAUCUUCAAUGUUUGUUUUGUCAUUUUAAUGUCAGCUUUUAGUGUCUUAUUGGAUCAUGAGGAAUCAUUGGUAUUUUGUCUCUUGGAUGCCAUACACCUGUCUGAACAACAAGUUAACCCUUUUGGGUUCUAAUAAAGAAGCUUAAACCUUAAAUUUGUUUCUUUAACUCCUCCAGAGUAGCCAGAAGUGUCAGGAGAUAUAGUGAUUUGUAUUUUGGUGUGUUUGUGUGUCACAGGAGGUGGAGCUGUGCAGGCAGAACAUCCAGGAGAAGCUCGGCCUGACGCUGUGUUACAGAACCGACGACGAGGAGGACAUCGGUAUCUACGUCAGCCAGGUCAAGACAGAUGUUCCUUAUUAUUUGUUGUGAUAGUCAUUUUAAAAACAGAUAUGCCCUGUAUCUGAAUAAAGUUUGUCUUUUCAAGUUUUACAGUGAAAACUGGAAUAAUAGUAACAUUAAAUGGUCUGAUCUUAAUGGGGAAAAGGGGAAUGACAGGGUUGCUUUAAACUGUUUUUGUAUCGCAGUUGUAAUUGCUUCUUCCAGCCUCAUAAUUAUCUCCCACUAAAUGUAUUUACUCUACUGUAAAAUAAAAUGAUGUGCAGUGGAGUGUAAGCCCUGAUGAGGCCUGAUAUAAAAAUCCCUGCAUGUUCCUCAGAUCAAGCUCAGGCUCCCAUGAUCAGUUUCCUUCCUCGUUAUUAAAAGAUGGCGUGAAGUCCCAUUUGAAUUCCCGUCUUUACAUCCUGGCGCAGAGAGCAAGACGAACUGAAUGAGGAAAGAAGCAGACAGAAAUGUUUGCCAGUUAAAUAUCAACUCUGAAUGAGCCAUGCACGGCCAAGGAAGAAGUCAGGGUUGAAAUGUAAUUCCCGUCCUGUCAUUUUCAUUCCUCCGCCUUUUACAUGUUUUAAUUGAAGGUUUUAAUUAGCUCUGAGCGACAACCUUCAACCCCCGUCUCACUUACACUGCAUGUUAAAUGACACAUUAUCCUAUUUCCUCUACCCCAUCUGAAUACCAAACCCACUCAAAAUAGAGACAGGACACAUCACAAAGGUUCCUUUCUCAAAUUCAUUCGCAGCCCCGGAGAAUUAGACUUCCUCUCCCCAAAUUGUUGAUAAGGCAAAUUAAAACAAAUCGUUUCAGUUUCUCAGACAAAGCGGACAAAAGGACUGAAUUAUAGGAGCUUUGAGCACUACAAACUGAGUGAAUUAGACCAGUGUUAAUCUGCAGGUGCGUUUUCAAUCCCAUUACAAACAAAGAAAUACAAGGAAAGAGUGUGUGAGCCAUUAUCAGACUUUGGCAGCUGCUAUAAAGACGAACAUGGCAAAGAUCUGCAGAGAAUUUAUCUUAUGGCAAGCUUUGUAAAAUUACACGAUGAGUAUUUUUCACUCAUUCUUGUAUCUUGAAUUUUAAAUCCCUCUGUUAAUACCAAACCACAAACACACCCACACCUGCUGAGCCCCAGCAGAAGGUGAAAACAGUCUCCCGCUGAAGAAGCACAUCUAUUUUGGUGUGUUUGAUAAAAGGAUAAAAAUGCUAAUUCUCCCUCAUUAAAAUGUAAACAUGCAUAGUAUUUGUGCAACUUCGGGAAGUGCAUGACUUAUUUUUCCCCGUUUCCACUGUGGUUUCUCACGUGUCGCUCUCCCUCUUGAUCUUCAAUGCGAGUACAACAAAGUGUAUGAAAUGAUUACUGAGGAGCUCACAGGGUUGAUGCACAUCCACUGGGAUGCAUUUUUGCAAAAACGUGAGGCGUUUCAUUCAGCAUGUCUGUGCCGUGAACUCUCACAUCUUAAGUUGUUUUUUCCCCACUGUCUCUUCUGGUUUAAUGCUCAUGCUGCAGUCAUAAUGCUCUUUUGUGUCGUGUCAAAGACUUGGAUGUUGCUUUAGUCAGUGUCACUCACCUGCUUCUAUACAGGGUAUUAAUGUUGAGCCUUUAAAAGCUACUUGUAUUAUACAUAUUAAAUACAGGGUUGUCGGAGAGAAAAUAGGCAUCUUGUCAGUGGGACAAAGCAGAUCUUUACUUUGACAGCAGAGAUCAGAGAGCGGUGGAGAGAGUGGCAUUUCCAGGAUGAACAAAGAGAAGAACAAUGACCGGCUGUCAUCAUUGAUUUCCAUGUUCUUUUUUUAUGCAGGUUGAGCCAAACAGCAUAGCAGCAAAAGACGGACGCAUCAAAGAAGGAGACCGGAUCCUACAGGCGAGUAUUUUUACCUCAGUGUCCAAAGCACUUUUACAUCAGAGUAAAUCAUGAGCUCUCACUGGUUAAACUAGUGCCUGUACAGAAAAAUGGAUACAGACAUGAAUCUAAAUCGAGAACCCCGCCAUGAGAGGCUAUAACAUCUUCUGGUGCUGCUAUUAAGAGCCGACUGCUGCAACAAUCUGCUGACCUGGACAGACUAUUUGGAUGUACUGAUAAAGCAGUGAAGGUCCCUCAGUUUUGUUGCAGUGCAGGGAAAGUUCAUCUUGACUCUGAUCAGGUGAACACACAAACGUAAGAGUCAAAUUUAUCAAUAAAGCUGUCAAUCAUGGUGCUACAGCCUUUUUCAAAUGUAAAGUUUAGUUAAAGGUGGGGUAGGCAGGAUCUGAGGAAGUGCCAGUUUUUGGGGAGGAAUCUUGAAUGUAAACUCUACCCCUCCCAACCAGUUUCCCCUCUGCUCCUCCUCUUCCUUCCCUCUCUGCUCCAGCAAGCCCCGCCCACAAACAGACGCUUCUGCUCACUCGUAUCAGUCCAAUUAAAUUGAGAUAUAAUGCAGAUAAAUACUUCAGAGAAUUACUCAUGGGGCCCAGUAAAAAAAGCAUUGAUGCCACUGUAGAUGUCAACAGACCACCAGCAAACACAAUGUUUGCAGGACUUCUACAACUCGGAUAAAGUGACAUACUCCAGGACCCGAGCUAAACAGUUUAGUGGCACUACAACACGCAGCAGGUCCCGUUUGACAAGAAACACUUCUGUUAGAGACACUUGGCUUACUUUGUUUAAAAUGUCGACUUCACAGACAUAACAACACACAAUGAUAUCAUUAUAUUACUAAAUUUCAUCAAUAACUAAUAGCUGUUCAGUAUUUACUUUGUUUUCUUGCUUGUGUCGGCAGUCGUGGCCAAAGGAAGAUUCAGACAAUUUUCUGUACUUUCUGGUUGGUUUCUACUGUCUGAUAUUGUGGCACACUAACUUUGUUUGGGCUUGUGAACAAUACGGGGGAGCAGCGUCUGCCUCACAACCAAUCAGGUUGGGGGAGGUGGAGAAUGGCUUUGUUUACAGUCAGAAUGAACAGGCCACUCAAAAAAUUUAAAAUGUCGACUUCACAGACAUAACAACACACAAUGAUAUCAUUAUAUUACUAAAUUUCAUCAAUAACUAAUAGCUGUUCAGUGAUAUUAAAAGUUUUUUGUAAAUACACCCCCAAAAAAGAUGCUUCUUUAACGAAACCCCCUCCUACCUCACCUUUAAACUAAACUCCUGUGAACACUGGAUGGCAUCACUAAGACUAUGCAUGUAUUUUAAGCAGUCUUUGUAUGCUCUACCUCAAACCAAAUUCACAGGAACAAAGUCCUAUUUCAUGUUUUCGUUCUUUGUUAAAGAAGCAGACUCUGAACAGAUCCCCCAUGUCACUUGUAAGCCAGUCUUUUAAGAGGAUGCUCAAGCUGCUGGUUUCUCCAGUCAGGCCAAGCAUAUGUUAAUUUAAUCACCUCAUUUUACCAAGGAGAUUAAAGUCCUCACUUGCUGCUACACCUGCACUAUAUCAUCUCUAGCACUCGGCAGUAUCUUGGUCUUGCACUGCCUCAUUACAGAGACACCCAUGGGGUCUGAUGCUGCAAACAUGUGCUUCUGGAAGGGUCGUAUUUCUGUGGUUGGAAAGUCAUUCUUCUGGUUUGGGUGUGUUGUAAGGCUUAAAAUCAGAAUAUGCAAACAUUAAGGAUACAACAAGUAAAAUGUGCUGCCCAAAAACCUGCAACAUAUUGACAAAUUGGCAAAAAAAGUCAUACAAAGUCAUGACAAAACCCCAGCAUGUGCUUGAAACACACCUGCCAGUUAAUUAGUUAAUUGAAAGCACCUGAUGCCUCUGAUUGGCCUCCUGAUUGGCUGCUGCAGUCACACCUAUUUAGUGCUCCAGAGCCUCAGAGUCUGUAAGCUGUGCUGAUUGUCACAGACAUGUUCACGUCAGCAGAGUCCUGCAGGUUUCUCAGUGUUUGCAGUCAUGAUAGAAGCUUUUACACAGCGAGAGGUGUGAGGGUAAAAAAAAAACAUUCACAACAAGACAAAAGCACUUUAAACACACACAAAAAAACAUUGUUCUGAACUGUUUCAAGUAUUCAAAUGAACAGAAGUGCUGCUAAAACAGACCAAAAAAAAGAUGAUAAAAUGCUGAAUAUAACGUCAAACUUCACAAAACUUUUAAUCUGCCAGUUGUUUUCAUGACAAACUAUAAAACACAUUAAACCUGCUCUGUUAGUCAGCAGCAGUGCAGAGUCUGUUGGAGGGUUUAAUAACCCACUCCCACUCCAUACUCAGAGCUUUUGGAUGGCGCUUAUAUGGCAAAAUUUCCAUGAAGCCACACAGAAGCAGUGUUAGUGUGUAGGGAGAGGGAAAAGUGUGAAGUGUUUUUAGUAUAUUAAAAAUCAACACUCAUGCAUCCAAAAUGUGUGCACAAAAACACAUUUUGAUUUAAAGGGAGACUGUUCGAGUACAGAUACAAGGCUGUUCAAUGACAUUCAGAUGGAGAAAAAGGGUAGGAAAGGAUAUCACAAAGUCAAGUUAAUUCAUUUAAAAAAACGAGAAAAUCCCAUUUCAGUGGCUUUUAUCAGUUAACCAUAAAAAAGUUAACCCUGCAGCUCUUGGCACCCGUCAGCAGUGUUGCCAGAUCAGAUUAACAGUUUCCAGCCCAAUCACAUUUUAGAACCCGCCCAAUCCCAUAAAAACCAGCCCAAACCACGAAGUUGCCAGACACCCAUUUAAACCCAUAAAAUCACAACACAUGCAAUGGAAAAAAAUACAUGCUGCAUGUAAAAAGGUGCACUUUUAACCAUGAAGGCCUGAUACAUUCAAUUAUUUACAUCACAAAUGACCAGUAUGAGGACUACUUGCAAAACAAUUUAAAACCUCACUGCUUUGCACACCUGUGGUGCUGACAGACGCACACGACCUGGCCGUACAGCAUUUGAUUGAGAUUUCAAACACACAACCACGAAAAACUAGUUUUAAAACAAACGAGCAAAUGCUACAAGUGGGCUACAAAUCAGUCAGAGUGCAAAUAAGAUAAGGUGACUCAAAUUUAGCUCGGCUACCGUUCUGACCUGACGUCACGGUUAAGUUGCCAAAUAAAAUUAUGCUGCUUGGAAAAAAAAAGAAGAAAGAUGCCAGUUGAGUAGCCUACAACUACGUCAAUUAUUAAAGCUAGAGAGAGAGAGAGAGCUGUUUUCACAAUAUUAAAAACUCACCAAAUGUGGACAAAAACAGCCCAAAUUUUAUUCACCUGCCCAACGGAAAACCGCCCACUCUGGCAACACUGCCUGUCAGACCUUUAGCCGGUUUAGCCCAUUUCUCAGGGUGUACAUAACCAAGUAGAUGUAUAAACUUUAAGGGAGAAAUUGCUGUACAAGACCAUGUUUUGCCCUUUAAAACUGCCUUUUACCAAGGUAACUUGACUUUCUGUUUUGGUAUAAACCAUACUUGUUUUUGCAAGGAUGUAAAAGGAACAUGCUGUUGGAUUGUGUAGUGGUUUCAGACUGUUUUGCAGGAACCGUUGCAUCUCAAUGUGGGUCAUUUUGAUUGUCUUUUAUUUAAAUGUAAUCUUGAUACAUACAAAAAUGCGUGCUAGUUUGGUUUUGUCUUACUGUUUAUCUCCCUCUCGAACAACAACGUACCAACAUUAGUCUCCUCCAUAUUCAUUGUUUGUACUACAUCACUCUCGAGUACCCCCAUCUUCUCGGCGAGUGUUUCCGUGUCCCAGUUAUGUGAAUGAUUGUGGGUAGCAGGGCCGGCUGUACUCUUGGCCCUAUUAUCUUCCUCUGACAGCCCCAUUACUCUAGUGAGGAAAAGAUGAACGCCACCUGUCAGAGAACAGUUAAUUGUGUGUCUGGAUGUGCGGGGAGAGUAGACUGUAUCGAGGUCGGACUGCGAGCUUGCAAUUGACUCCCCUUACCAAGCGCGCAGUCCAUCCAUGUCUUUCCUGGAGAUUGCGGGGAGUUGAGGGAGGUGAUGGCAAACAGGAGAAGAGACAGGUGGUAGAAGAGACAUGCUAAGAAAGUUAAGUGUUGAAGGCAGACAAAUGGAGGGGGAUAAAUGGGUGGAAAGUGCACAACAAAGAAGGAAGUGUCAGCAUAUAAUUACUUGAGGUGUGUCUUGGGAAUGGAAACAAUGGUUACAUGUAUUAUGCUCAUCUUUUCUUUCAUGUCAGUUUAAUUGAAGAAGAUGAUGGUGAAAUUACAGAUCGCUCUGUCUUGAGUAUGUGCCUGUGACUUAUCACCAGUUCCCUCCUCUUAACGUGGCCGUCUACACCUGUCUUUGAUGUACAGAUAAAUGGCUGCGAAGUGCAAGACAGAGAGAAAGCUGUUGCAUUGCUGUCAAGUGAAGACGCGAGGAGCAUCAUACUUCUGGUGACAAGACCAGAAAUUCAGGUAAACACUCACACACAUACUCAGCCUUCUUGCCCUAUCCUGACAACCCAUGUCAUGUCAAAUAACAACAGCUGCCUGCAAAGUGCCUUUUCCCUCCCUUCAAACUGUCAGCGUGGUUUUCUGGAGUUGCUACAAACACGCGAAUACAGAGAAAGCUUUCUGACAAGGUAUUGUGAUUUCAGCUGGAGGAGGAGGUAUGGUUGGAUGACGAGCAACAGCAGCUCGUCGAAGAGCUGAAGAUGGAGAUCCUGGAAGAGAGGAGGAAGCAGAAGGAGCUUAACUUUGACAGGGGAGACGAGGUGAGAGUGAAAGCUGGGAGACAGUCGUCAAAACAAAAGACAGAAAGAGUCACAUGGUUGGUAGGAAAGUAGGACGAGACAAGCGUAGAUGGUAAAGAUUGAGGUUGGGAAGUGCAGAAUUUGAUAGUUUUUGUACUUUUACCAUCCUUCCAACUUAACGGUCAUUAUUGCAGUUGGUAAAUUAACUCAAAAAACUCUGUCAACAAAUACAACAAAUGAGCUUGACCUGAAACAUGAGAUGUGUAACGCCAAAGUGUCCCUUCUAGUCCCUAGAUCCAAUGUAUAUGCAAGAAAAUCUCGAUCCCAAACUGCAGUUACUUUGUUAAAUAUAUUUUAAAGGUCCAGAUUUCUACAGAGAGAUGCAGUAUUGAUUUACUCAAAGGGAUGGUUGAUGAUCUGAGAAGCAAUUGAAAAAACUGAGCCACUGAGGCAGAUUUGUAAAAAGCAUCCCACCCCCCUCACACAAACCACUCCCCUCUGUGCUCCACAAUCAGUCCCCCCCAAACCUGUAUUGCCCUCCCCACGACACAUGCCCUCUGGCAGAGCAAGAAGCCGAACGGCAAAAGAUCUGAGAGUGGGAGGGGAUGAGUCAGAACUUUGGGAGAGGGGUGUGUCGAAUACAGCGAGGUGAUUGGAUGGAGAGGUGGAGCAGGAGAUUGACCAAUAGGAGCUGUCCGGGACGGAUGGCUCCCAUUGGUCAAUGUUUUUGCAGCCCUACACCUGCAAGGGUGAACAGAUUUUUUCCAUUUUUCUCUUCACUUUGUGGAGAUCGCACUAUAGGACCAUGAUCGCCAAUCUCUCCAAUCGUCAACCAUGCCUGUAAUUUAAACAAACUAUGUAAGAUGUAAUUAAAGGAAAACACUGAUUUCAGACCAUUUGCUAACUUUGAAAAGCUUUGAUACUAAACGAUACUUGCUGUUACUGAAACUGAUACUAACAACUAUUAGUAUAACACUCAUACAAAAAUACUGAAACUGGCUAUCUGUCUCUUUGAACACCAGCAUCAGAUUGAAGAGGAGACAACAGACACAGCGACCUGUUCCUCCAAUAAUCAAGACAAAGACAGCGGGUUUGGACGCAGCACAGACAGUCCAGAGCAUCAGCCUCUUUGGGCAAGAAUUCAAAGGAGGUCCCCAGCCCACUGCCUGAGGGAACAAUGGCGGGCAGAUCAUCCCCAUACAAAACGAGGGACUGCAGUACCACAAGACACCCAGGGUCUAAGGACAGUGUCCAAAGGCCAAAGCCAUGAUGGGGUGCUCACGAUAAGAAACGGAGGAGGAGUUCUCGGAUUAGAAAAUCGCUUUCAGCAGCUCCUGGAGCUCAAGUGUCAAAUCCGCAACGGAGGCGAGUGUGGUGUGUACUCGAUUCGACACAGUAUAGAGUGCAGUCUAACUGAGCAAGCAGGAGGGGAUGCAGAUGACGUAGAUGUUCUAGAGCAGGGGAAAGGAGUGGAGCAGGAGUUGAGGAUGCUGAACGAAGAACUGCGUAACAUUGAGCUUGAGUGCCAGAGCAUCAUGCAAGCGCAUCAGCUCCGUCAGACCCACCAGCUUGAUCCGUCACAGUCUCCUUCUUCACUGGGACGGAGCCCCAAAGAUGGACACAAACGGCAUGGCAGGUUGGCCGACAUCCAUGAGUACCCAGAGAGAUCAGAUAGCGAUAAGAUCCGAGAGAAGGACAGCUCCAGUGCCUACAACACGGCGGAAAGUGCGCGGUCAACGCCGCUCGGUAUGGAGAGGUCUCCUGAUCAUUCUCUGCAGAGACACAUCAGCAUCACCAACCAGAAAAACCUCAGACUGGCUUCUUCCACACCAUCGAGCCCAAUCCCUAUCCCCAAGCCCCAAGGCACACCCAGCCGUGGCAGACCGGCAGACCCAGGCCCUGUUAUCUCAAGUAGCCCAGACCAGAGCAACCCUUCUAGAUCAGAGUCGGACCCCGCCCUGCCUGCAGACGAUGAGAGGUGUGAGAAGAAAGGCAGGACUAGAGAUUCCAGGAGAGGACUUCCAUAUGGUUCUACCUAUCAGACAACCCCCUACCAGGGCCAGGGAGGAUCCAGGCAACUUCAGGUGGGUACAAUCAGGAAGAAAUAUAUCAACAUAAUACUGAUCACCCUAGGGGGAUGCAAUUCUAACAAUAUAAUCUGUGUUGCAGAGCUACAUGCAGCUGCUGCAACAGCACUCAUCCCUGGAGUAUUCCCAGAGCCAGCUGAGUCUGCUAAGCAUAUGCAGAGAUCCAGUGCACCGAGGAGCGCGCCCUGGGGAGCCCCGUCUAGAGUGGAAGGUCAAAGUUCGAGCUGAUGGCACACGCUAUGUGGCUCGAAGGCCUGCUCGUGACCGCAUCCUGAGGGAACGGGCGCUAAGAAUCCGAGAGGAGAGGAGCGGGGGUAUGACCACAGAUGAUGACGCAAUGAGCGAGAUGAAGAUGGGUCGCUACUGGAGCAAAGAGGAGAGGAAACAGCAUUUGGCACGGGCCAGGGAGCAGAGGAAGAGGAGGGAGUUCAUGCAAAAGAGCCGACUGGAGUGUCUCAAGGAGGGCCCUGCCAGUGGAGCUGAAGGCAAGAAAGAGAUCAAUAUCUUGGAGCUCAGUCACAAAAAGAUGAUGAAGAAGCGAAACAAAAAGAUACUGGACAACUGGAUGACUAUUCAGGAGCUGAUGAGCCAUGGGGCGAGAGUCCCAGAGGGAUCCAAGGUCCACAACGCCUUCUUAUCCGUCACAACUGUGUAGUGGACUCAUAAAGCACUGCAGACAUUAAAGUACCAAACACUGCAUUUAAAGGACAACGGUUUUAUGUACAAAAAUGUUUCCGGACUUCUGUAGCAUCUUUAUGGCAAAUUUGUAACUAUCCCUUAAAGAAUGUUUCAACAGGUCUUUAACUCUUUCCUCUCAAGACCUCAGCCAUUUAAGACUAAACUUUUCCACAGUUUUACACUGGCUUUUUGCUAAUGCACUGGCUUCUUGCAGCAGUCAACUUUUGUAGCAUUUUGGUUCAAACUGAUUCACAGAAAAAAAAGGUGACGAACCGACAAUUUAACUUCACGUAUACGAUGCACAACUGCUGCUGAGUAGCGCCAUUAACUGUGUCAUCAGGAACCUUUUUGUAUACGUUGUUUUGUGUCUCUGUAUCCUCCACUCUUUUCAUUUCAUACAAAGCGACUCCACUUGCCUUCAAGGUGGCAUUUUUUAUAAGGGAAAUACAAUAUUUUUCACACUUUGUAAACUGAGUGAGUUUUUGUAAGCGGAGUUUUACACUGAAUGUCGAUGUACUGUAAAUCUUUUAUGGCAGUUUCUUUGUAAUGUUUGUAUCAACAAGGUCAGAGUUGAUGCUGUUUGAUGGUACUGUAGCCUGUAUGUCUGCCACAACACAGCAAAGAGAAAUAAGAAACUUUGGGAUUGUGAAGGACGACAACCCCGUCAAAGCAUUAUUGGAAAUCUAAUUCUCAAAAGCUCAUGUUGGCCAUGGGCCGGGAGGACUUUCUGGAAACAGUUUACCUCAAGUUACAAUCUUUGACACACUAGAGAACUCUGAUCCAUCAAGUGGUCGGAUGCCUGGUUGUAGUUAUUUACAAAGAUGACUAAAGUAACCACUAGGGCGAACCAAACCCAUCCCACAAAACAUGAAUGUAUGAAUUAUGUUCAAAGUGUGAUAUAGAUUCCUAUUUAUAUUGUUUAAUCUUAUUUAUAUUUAUUGUAAAUUAUUUUCUAUCUUAUUAUUUUGCCCGUCACAUAAAUGUUUCAUACUAAGUGGCUGCCCUUGAAAGGCCAACGCUGUCAACAGAUGUAUCAUACUGCAGCCUUUUAAUUCAAACCUGCUGCUUUUUACUGUAAAGUUCAUUGAAGAGGCCUUGAGUUCAGUAUUUGUUGAUGGUGAUAUUUGUAAUAAAAUAAUAAAAAAGUACUGAGAAAAUUUUU